UUGAAGUUGAUAUUUGUUGGUUAGAUCUCAUAUUUUUAAAUCAUUUCGUUUGAUUCGUGUGUUUCUCUCGUUUUUAUUUAUAUAUAGACGUACAGAAUUCAAGAAUUAUGUUAUAUAUUGUGAGAGUGCAAGUCAAAGUGCAAAAUAUGAAAGCUGCCUCACUAUAUACAUAUUAUAAAUGAUAGCAUGAUUCAACGACUACGAUUUAUAUUAAUUGUGAUAAUGAAACGUAAAGCCACUAAUGUAAUAGCGACUGCAAAAAAACAUCAUUGGUCAGCUAAUUUACUUAAAUCAAUGGAAGAUCCUGAAUGCAAAAUCAGAGAAGAUGAUAAAAUAGUUGUUAUCAAAGAUAAAUAUCCUAAAGCGCAAUUUCAUUAUUUGAUUUUACCGAAAGAGGAUAUUCUCAAUAUAUGGCGUAUCAAAAAAGAGCAUCAAGAUUUGUUAACAUAUAUGCACGAUGUUGCAUGUGAUCUAAUAAAAGACCAAACAGAUCAUGAAUUCUUCAUAGGUUAUCAUGCGAUGCCAAGUAUGCAAAGGCUGCACCUACAUGUAAUAAGCACGGAUUUUAAUAGUCCUUGCCUUAAAACUAAAUAUCAUUGGAACUCCUUUACCACGCCAUUCUUUUUACAUUCGCAAGAUAUAUGCCGUCAGUUGCGCAUAGACGGCAAAAUCAAUAAGAUUUCUCCGCAGAUGUGUACAAACUAUCUGAACACAAAAUUGAAGUGUCACAAAUGCUCGACGGAGCCGAAAAAUAUGCCACAUUUAAAAAGACAUUUGUUAACACACAUCGGCAAGCCAUGAAAAGCGUAUAAUGUAUAAAUAUGUAAUUUAAAACUUCUAUAUAAUGAAACAACGUAUAAAUUAUCUUUAGAAAAUAAAUUCUUUUUUUUUUGUAUCUUUGAGACUUAUAAGCUUACAACCUUGAAACAGUGUAAUGCAUAGCAAAAAAACAUGUAUAAUGUUAUUGCAUAUAUAUCUAAAAUAUGACAUUUUUACGUUGCAUAGAAGAUAUAUAAAUUAUGUUUCUUAUAAUUAUAAUAUUGUAAUGUAUCGCAUGAAGGAAAUUUUUUGGAAUGGGACAUGAAAGAUUAAUAAAGACAUGUUUAUGCGAUAGUUCGGAAGAUUUAUUCGGAAUAAAUUUGAUGUUAUUCUUAAUACAUCUUGGCGCCUAUAAUAUCAAUUAUAUCCUAACUAUUUACAAAGUCUUCUCGUAGGUUGCGCAAGUGUAUAUUGACAGUAUUUGUGUGUUGUGUGCGUGUGUGUGUGUUAUGUGUAGAGUGUGUUACAUUUAAUCUGUAUACAUUUAGUAAUACUGCAAUCAAUAGUUGAACGUUUCUGCUGCAUCGAAACAGUAGGCAUCUGAACAUCCGCAAGAUUUUGCUGUUAUUUCGCAGGUCGUAAACGAUAUCGUAACAGUGUAAGAAUUUCGAAUUAAGUAUACGUCUCCUCUGAAAAAACUUCUAGCCUAGUUAAAUUAGUUAUAUCUCUUCUCUUAGUAAACGUAGCGCCUUGGUGUGUCCCCUUACGAAGUCACGUCCAAACCGAUUAUUUCGCUAUGAUAUAAUAUAGUGAGAGGGGAAGGUCCGAAACGUACGGACCGAAGGGCGGCAGGAAUCUCAGGAACAGUGCCGGACGAACAAAAGAGACAUCCAACAAUGUUCCUUUUUCGGAAAAAUCGAAACGCGCCGUUGGAUACCCCUCGAAGAAGACGCGCGCGCGCACGCGUUCCCAUCUGAAAGUUUGCAACGCCUACACAAAAUACAGGACCUGCAAAGUUUCCCCGCGAUGAAAACGACGCGCGCGAUCCGUUCUCCCUAUCUCGUAUACAGAAAAGAAGAAAAAGACUUCGACAAGAUACGAGAUCGGCGAUCGGAUGUAUAUUGUAUAGUACGUACUGUUUCUCUCUCCCCGGAAAAGAAGCACAACGUCGAUGUGUGAUAUAUUUACACAAUGCACGGGAAUAUAUUUGUUUCUAUGUCGAAAAAUAUAUCUUUUUAUGUAUGACUUCACGCGAGAUAUAUGUAUAUGUAUAUAUAUAUAUAUAUAAACCAAAAUUCCAUGACACACGUGCUUCGUUCACGGUAGACAGAUUACGUUGCGAAAUCAAGACGCGAUUCACCUAAAGCGAAAUUCUCUCUCUCUCUCUCUCUCUCUAAAUUAAAAGACUAACAUUUUCUCUCUCUCCCUCUCUCUCUCUCUCUCUCUUUCGCGAUCGGUUCUCACUAGAAAAAAGAAGAAAGGAGUCUGAGUCGAGACGUUGACGGUGGUUGCUCGCCCGCUUUUCGUUUCCCGUCCGCCCACACCGUACGCGGCCUGCCAAAAGCGGUCAUUUUGAGCAAAGCCACUAGGCAGCGAGGACAAUGCCGAUUCAUAAAGAAUCACCAUUUUUUCGAACAUCGCACGACGCAACGCGCGCCAACCACCGACCGCUCUGGUCAUCCCCCGAAUACCCUGUAUAUGUCUGUGUCAUGCGAGAAAGAAAGAGAGAAAAAGAAAAACAAAGAGAGAAAAUUAAAGUUUUUCGUCAGCGGAAUCGCGAACGAGCCGUGCCAAGAAUUAACGAGAAUUAAACCUAAACGCGAUUUUACCCUAUAAACAUUUAUACAGUUUUUCCCCCUAACUACAAACUAUUUACAUUAUAUAAAUAUUUUAUAUAUAUAUACCGUACAAUAUAUCUAUAUAAAUAUUUUCGUAUGUUUAGUAAUGUACAACUUUAUAUACACAUUGGACUACGGCUCGAUCGCGAUAUCAUGGUCGAAUCGCACCUCGAUUUCCUUCCUUAUUCUCAAUGCGAUAGUACGUAUUCACAAUAAAGAUAUAUAUAUAUACCUAAAAACAGCUAAGUCUAACGACAAUAGUUGACGUAUAAUAUAGAAUAUAUUUAAUAUAUAUAUAUGUACGCAGUAACGUAGCAACAACGCAGUGGUGACGAUAGUAAUAGUAAUAGUAGUAAUAGCACUAUAUUUUCUAAUAUAUAUAAAUAUAUAGUCGCACGGAGUGGUGUAGCGAAAUAGUUAACUAGUCUGUAAUCUCUAUAUACGAACGUCACGGUCCUUGACGCAUAGUAUUUAAAAAGAGGAAAAAAAAACGAGAAUAAAUAAUUCGAGGCAAGUAACGGUAGAAAUAAAUUAACGAAGCGCGAGACCGUGUUUAAUUAAAUAUCUAAUUUAUACAUAUGCGAGGAAAAUGAAUACUCGUAAUACUCGUACGCGUCAUCGGUCGCGGGUGAUAAUAAUUUUCGUUCGAACAUUACGUAAAUUAUAUUAUAAAUAAUAAUCGCGCUGAUAACGAUAUACAAAUGAAUCGGCGAUAUGCUCGAGAGCGAAUUUUACUAUAGCGCCUCUUAAAGCUAUCGAAAACGUCUAUAUUAAUCUAGAGUCACGGGCAUGUAAGUCUUUCGCGGGAGGGAAAAUGAAAUUUCCUAUGCCCCUUUUUUCUUCAUCGCUACCAUUUCGAACGGAGGAAGGAUAGGGCGAACACCGAUCUUUCCCUUGUCUGCGAUAUUUCCCCAAGUCAUCUGAUCGCACACUCGAAUCCGCGAAAGCCAGACGACGAGAAGCGUAAUUAAACGAGCGAAAAACGCCGUGGUAAGACAACGAUAUUUUCCCCUUUUAUUCUAUUUACGUAUCUAUUAUAUUACAAAGUGCUUUUACGUGGCCUGCUCUUCGUAGAAACGCGCUUAUGAUAUUUACAGAGAAUAUUUAUGAGAAAAGGGGUCGAGAA